AUGACCAUAUUCAAUUGGCACGAGGCAUGCCGGAGACCUGAUGUCGAAUUCAAUGAAGGUCUGGGUGUGCCGACAUGUAGCAGCUGUGGAUGCAUUGCUACAUUAGAAGGCAUUGCGGAGGCUCAACACCACGAUGCACCAUUUGUGCCGGCUCCGACGACAAGAUUUGAACUCACGUGGCCACUUUCACUACCAUUCGUGGAUGAUCCUUUAGAAUCUGAGCCGCCGAAAGAAACGACCGCGGAAUCGAAAACAUCCUUGCCCAAAGAUGUACGCGGAAAUAUCACGCCAUAUAUAGGCCAGCCCACCACAAGCAACCAGAAGCCUGCGAUAGACUCUUCUAUCCAAGUUGAGGCGCCGUAUGAGCCUUUGUUCGCACGAAAAAUCCGGCUUCUUAAGUUACUCAAAGGCAAUUACAAUGACCCAGUCAGAGUCGAGCUUCAAGUCGCAGAUUUGGCCAUCAAACCGGAAUACGAAGCUCUCUCAUACACAUGGGCAGACGAAAAUAAGGACUCUUCAAAGUGCGAGAAGGUUUACAUUGGUGAUCGAUGGGAUACCCUGCUGGUCACCAAGAACUGCUUCAAUGCUCUUCGCCGUUUACGAUAUUCCAACCGCAGCAGAAAACUUUGGGUCGACGCCAUUUGCAUCAACCAGAACGACGUGGGCGAAAGGUCCCAUCAAGUUGGCAUCAUGCAAAACAUUUACGCAACUGCCUCCAGGGUUUUGAUCUACUUGGGGGAAGAUGAAGAAGACUUGAAUGCCACCAGCUCAUCUCCGUGGAAUUUCGAUAAAUGGAACACAUAUUACGAGAGAUCGUUGCCUGUGCACACAGAUCUCACGCAACAGCCAUACUUUAAGAGAGUAUGGGUGAUCCAAGAGAUAGCUGCGGCGCAAGAUUGUUGGGUUCUUUAUGGGACUAAAGGAGACCGAUGGCUUGAUUUCCGCAGCUCCACCAAAAAUGCUGGUGAUGGAUCGAAUCAGCUCCACCAGCAGCAAGAUUGGUUCCACUUGCUUUCUCGAGGAAGGCCCAUGGACCUACAAGAGCUUCCAAAGCUCUUACAAGCUACACUUCAAUGUCAGGCAACGGACCCCCGAGACAAGGUCUACGCUUUGCUAGGUCUCUUCCCAGGAGCAAACGAAGCCCAGUUGACUGCAGACUAUGCUCUCAGUUUGGACCAAGUGUUUAGCGGCUUGACUGCUUGGAUGCUCUGUCAAAGUUCAGCAUUCAUGCUGCCAAUAUUUGCAGCACUUGAGCCAUCAGCCUCGUCUCUGCCUGCAUCGUGGGUUGUUGACUGGUCGUCGGUCAGCGCCUUGAACAAUAUGGGGCCACACCUACCCCAGGCGGAUUCAGGAACAUAUCUUAUCAGCGAACCUCAAGAUACUCCUCGCUUUUAUCGUGAUGGUACUAUGGUACUUCGAGGACGCUUCGUGUCUCAACUUUCAAGCCGGUUUUUCGACUUUGAAUCUCGAAAAGGUCCUCCCGGCGUCCUGAAAGAUGAAAUUUAUCGCACUCCAGGGACACGUUACGCGGAGGCGGUGCCGGACUGGGCCGAGUCGACCGACGAAAUUCUAGAAAUCAAAGGGCUCCACGACUGUUCUCUGGUACUUCGGCCUGUCACAAGAGCACCCAAGACAUACCAAUUUGUAGCUAUUGCCAAACAGCCCAGAAUUGCCCGUCUCCCUGAGUUGAUCAACCAUAUAGAUCGCACGGUGAUUCUUCUUUUCUCUACUUGGCAGUAUGUGCUCAGAGCCGCGAGCGACGGAGAACUCUGGUUUCAGACAGUCACAUGGGACACAAUCAAAGCUGUAUGCUGGGGAUUGAAGCAUGCAAGAAACCUGGAAGCCGAUGAUAAGGGUUCAUCAAAACUUGGCCUUGGGUGUCGCCUCCGAGCCCGGAUGAGGAACUACAAUAAGACACAGGAUUGGACCCCAAGCAGAUGGGCAACAAUCAGUGAGCUGCAAAACACACGGCAUUUGAAGCAAGAUCAUGAUCUAUUAAGAGCCUUGAUGAUUAUGGGUUGGGAAUAUGGUGCUGUUCCGAAAAGAGACCAGUCAGGUGGCUAUCAGCGCAGUAUUCCAUGGGAAACGGAAUAUUUCAGACAACCUCGUAUACGCGACUUCCUGGCAGAAUUCAGAGAGAGGCGUGUACGCUACCACGACUACGACGACUACGACAGCCUUCGCGACGACUACAACCACGACGAGUACUACGUGUUUCCUCUGAAGAGUAGUCUACAGCCUUUUGUCAAAGCGCUUCUGAGUCAAGGACUGGAUCAAAAGAUCAUCACAUUCGAGAAAAUUUCACGGAUGGCCGGCGGCGUCUUUCUUCGCAAGGGCACGCUCCAAGAACAGACCGUGCCAUGGGCGCACGACUCAUUGAAUUUGAGAGUCGGGAAGCUCCCUGAGGUCGAGGAGCCUCUUGAGAAUAUUUGGUUCUACGGGAAAUCGAACGACUCUCAUCUCAACACUUGGGCGGCCGAAUUCAUUAAUUCAUGGACCCUUCUGGUAAACGCGAGGCCCCACAGUCCUGAUCCCCCUUCCUCUGAAAUAGAUGAAGAAGAACAUGGCAGCGAGAAUGGAUUCUGGGCCACAGAAAAGUCAAUCAGGACGGAAUUGACUAGCAGUUUUACAAACCCUGAGGUGGAGCCGGCGUCACCGGAUCUUGUGAGCGAGGUAAGUUGGGAGCCGCUGCUUGAUCUUGUGAGAGAGACAGAGGCGCGGCUUCUUCCUCUGGAGGAAGCAUUCACCCGCACUGAUAUUACGUACGACGAAGAUAUGAAGGAUGUCCCUUGGGAGGAUAUCCGUAUAAUUUAG